UAGCACCAGCGUCAACUUUUCACUUUAGCCACACCCAAUAAACGUCCGCCACGUAAGAGGAGAUCGUAGAAGAUUCUGUUACUACAGUAGAGUUUCCUGAAACGUGCUGUAUAAUCGUAAGCACUUGUCUUCUCCAUUGUUUGGUCUCAAAGGGGAAAUCAAAUCAAACCCUACCUUUUCUUCAAUCUUCUAGAUUCACUCUUCCGGUCAAACCGCCCCCCUCAGUUACAGGAAAUUAUGUUAGGAGUUUUAAGGAGACGAGUUGCUUCUGGAGCCGCCUCUUCGAUCCUGAAGCAGACUGUUAAACCUGGUGCAUCUACUUCUAGAGUUUCUUCUCUUCAUGAGAAGGAGAUUUUACUUAAUUCAAGAGGUCUUGGGAAUGUCAGAAGCUUCAGCCACCUCAUUUCAUCUGGUUCCUUGGUCAGUUCAAGGUCCAUAAGCGAUGUGUCCAGCAUUGAGCUCAUGACUGCCAAGCAAAUGUGGAUUCGUCCAUUUUCUUCAGAUAGUGAGGAUUUGGUUGAAGCUGUUGUUCCUUUUAUGGGAGAAUCCAUAACAGAUGGAACUUUGGCUAAAUUUUUGAAGAGUCCUGGUGAUAGGGUAGAGAUCGAUGAGCCAAUUGCUCAAAUUGAGACAGAUAAGGUGACAAUUGAUGUGGCCAGCCCUGAAGCAGGUGUCAUAAAGGAGUUUGUAGCCAAGGAAGGGGAAACUGUGGAACCGGGUACCAAGGUUGCUAUUAUUUCUAAGUCUGGAGAAGGAGUAGCUCAUGUUGCUCCCUCUGAGAAAGUACCAGAGAAAGAUUCUUCUAAGAAUGAAGCUGCUCCUGAAAAGAAAGUAGAAGAGAAGCCAAAGCCUAAAGCUGAAACUCCUGUAACUCAGAAGCCUAAAACACCAGCAUCGCCGCCUCCUAAACGUUCAGCAUCAGAACCCCAACUCCCCCCUAAGGAUAGGGAAAGACGAGUUCCAAUGACAAGGCUCCGAAAAAGAGUUGCAACCCGAUUGAAGGACUCCCAAAAUACGUUUGCUAUGCUCACGACAUUCAAUGAAGUUGAUAUGACAAACUUGAUGAAGCUCCGAACUGAUUAUAAGGAUGCUUUUCUUGAAAAGCAUGGAGUUAAGCUUGGACUUAUGUCAGGAUUUAUAAAGGCUGCAGUUAGUGGACUCCAGAAUCAGCCUAUCAUAAAUGCAGUUAUAGAUGGGGAUGAUAUUAUUUAUAGAGACUACAUAGAUAUCAGUAUUGCUGUUGGCACUCCAAAGGGCCUUGUUGUUCCUGUUAUUCGCAAUGCUAAUGACAUGAACUUUGCUGAUAUCGAGAAGAGUAUCAACACCCUUGCAAAAAAGGCAAAUGAUGGAACUAUAUCUAUUGACGAAAUGGCUGGAGGUUCAUUUACAAUAUCUAAUGGAGGAGUUUAUGGAAGCCUUUUGAGUACACCCAUCAUCAACCCUCCUCAGUCGGCUAUACUGGGAAUGCACUCUAUAGUGUCCCGUCCAAUGGUUGUUGGUGGAACCGUUGUCCCCAGACCAAUGAUGUAUAUCGCUCUAACAUAUGACCAUAGGCUGAUUGAUGGGAGAGAGGCUGUUUUCUUUUUGCGUCGUAUCAAAGACGUGGUGGAGGAUCCACGCAGGUUACUUCUCGACAUUUGAAGAUGAAGUUAUUACAGUCGGGUUGUCAUUUUCGCAAAAUUUCUGCUACACCUAGGAUGGAUAUACUUUUGUCGGACAGGAAUAAUACUUUGGUGUCAAAGUUUUGUAGGGUUUUUUGUUCUGCUAUAAUGAGUUCAGUUACGGCUUGCACAACUUAAGUUAAACUGAAAAUGAGAGAUGGUACAUACUCUUAUUUAAUACUUCACAAAAUGCUCUUCUGUUUGCCUGUGGUUUAGUUUUUCCUCUUCUGAUUAAGAUAUCUUACAGCAUAAUUUUGGGCAUGUAAUGAUCUCUUGCUCAUUGUUUAAUAAUAUACAGCUAUUUAUGGUA